UAAAGGAAUGUAUAAAGGAUGAUGAUGAUGAUGAUGAUGGUGAAUCCAGUCACGCUGGAUUUGCUGGUGAAUCCAGUUUUGCUCCUCCUACUCAAGAGGAUACAUCCAGUAUAAAGGAAGAGGUGUUUUUAUCAUCUGAAGAAGAAAGUCAGUGUCUUGAACCUCAAGAGAGUGAUAGUCCAUUCAAAAUCAAGACUAAUGACUGUGAUGAAGAUGGUGGUGGUGGGGAUGAUGAAACAAUGAUGAAGAUGAUGGUAAAUCCAGCGCAAAGACAGGUAUAAUCUCAUUGACUAUUCUGCAUCUAUCCACAAUCAUGUCCAAGUAAUGUGGCCAUUGUUCAUGAUGACAAAUUAAGUUACACCCAGAUUGUAAUACAUUCCCUUUAGAGUGUCUUUUGGAGGAGUCUCUGCUGAAAAAGAAUUUGAGAACAUUAGUGACAGUUGUGCUGUACCAGAGGUAUUCACACCAGAAUGCUGUCCAUACAAUGAGAGGAGAUCAUACAGGUUCACUUGCUCCUCAGAGGGUCUGUUUCAGUGCUGGUACACAGGAUUGGUGUUCAAGAUGGAGACGGCGGGUGAAGUUCAGUACCGAACAGAGCCAUGGAACUGUGUACAGCUAGUCGAUGGUUAUGUACCAGCAGGACCCCUGUUUAAUAUCAAAUGCCCACAAGGCACUCUGUCACAGUUACACUUCCCACACUGCGAGUUGUUUUCUGGGAAAGGAUGCUUGUCAGUAAUUCACAUCAGUGACUCAACAAAAUCUGAAAUGCUUGAUCCUCACGAGAUAACAGACAUUCACGUGGUUCUAAAUAUCAGUGGAUGCUCUGAAUAUGGCUUGAUAAAGAAGGAAUACACCCCGAUCCAUGGACUUGUGUUGCUAUUCCUGCAGCAGUCUACACUGAAUGUUCUGCUGUUGCCAAAGAAUGUUGAUAUUUCUGAGGUAACAGAGAAAAGGAGGGAGAGGAUUGAACCAGAGAAAGAAAAAUAUGUGGAGACAACAUCAAACUGCGUACUUGUUCCUGAAGAGAAAUACUGCCUAACAUGUGAUCCAAAACAUGUUAUAGAUCCUGAAACAGCCACGUUUGUUGACUAUGACUACAACAAGAACUAUAUCCCAACAUUUCAGGUUGAGUUAUGUGAAUGCGUCAAGGUUAUGAUGGUUCUGAAAGAAAAUGACAAGGAAGAGCCUGUAUGGCAGCGUACUGUAAAGCUAGCAGCAUUGCAGACAGAAAGAAACCAGAGUGACUCCAACCCGUCAAGCUCUUACACACCACUCGGUCAGAAGUUUCUCCAAAAACACAAGGCAGACCUUGAGCGCCGACUGACGAUCCUGGGUAACCUCCUGACCCAGCUCGAAAAAAGGAAGGCCCUUACUGGUGAAGAGAGGGAACUGUUGAACAGCAAACCCACCCGUCAGGAAAAGAACCACGUUCUGCUCACCAUGCUUCAGAAUAGAGGAGGCAAAGCCCAGGAGAUUUUCUACCAGACCCUGAAGAAGUUAGACCCACUGCUGGUGGAGGACCUGGAGAAGCCAAAUGAAUCUGAAGCAGAAUCAGAAUCAGAAUUUACAGAACAAGUCCAAUGACAUUAAAAGCUCUGUGAUGUAAAGUGCAUAUGCAACAUGAGGAGACAUACAACAAAGCUUGAAGCUGACAUACCACUUUAACGCACCACAUUAACCUGAAUGGAGGCUUAAGUGCUUAAAAGGGAAAUCCGGCCAUUUUUAACUCCAACAUCUUUUUCCUUAGGGUCAUCCCGUGUUAGGGUAAGCAAAAACCCCAACAAAAAUGGAUUCAACCAAACCGGAGAUCUUGUUUUACAUCACAGAUGUAUGUAAAAACAGAAUAAAUAGGUGGGUGUUAAAACAAGAGACAGGUUAUCAGAAUGAUGAGAGAAAGUGCUCUGGCAUUGGGGAGGAGAUUAGUCUUUGUUUGAGUUUGACAUGGUUAUGGCCCUGGGGAUGAAGCUGUCUCUGAGUCUAUUGGUUCUGGAUUUGAUGCAUCUGUAGCACCUUCCAGAGGGCAAUGGGUUAAACAUAUGGUGGCAUGGGUGUGAAAUGUCUGUGAUGUUUCUUGCUCUGCUGAAACAGCAAGAGUUGUAGAUGUCAACCAGGGUGGGGAGGGGCAGCUGACAAGUUUCUGCACAGUCUUUACCCUAACCCUGACCUAUUUCUAUCUGCUUCAGUGCAGCUGGUAAACCACACCAAGAAGUCAGCACGUUCCCAAUGCAAGCUCUAUAGAAGGUCUCCAGCAGCUUGCUGUCUAGUGUGUUCUUCCUGAGUCGCUGCUGGGCGCACAACUUUACGCAGAUGGCUGCUUAUAAAUACCAACCUGCGCUGAAUUGUGCGUGCGUGCACGAGCGCCAUACUCCGCCCAUUGUCGUCCCACAAUAUUCCAUAAAAGGUCAAUGCGAAACGAUUCAUGAUUAAGCUAACAUUAAUACCAAACAUUUUAUUGGCUAUUGUUGAAAUGAUGGAGACGUCACAUCAAUCUGGAGAAGGAAGUCAAAAUUGGCAGACAGUGAUAUGACAUUGACAAGUGUACCCAUGUGAAAUAAGUACAGGUAGGUACUUAAUAACCGUAUCCACUUUGCCAUGUGUUUGGGCUCAUCAUAUACAGCGCACCAUAAGGUGCAAAUUAUUAAUAUUUGUACUGAAACAUAUACCAUAUGGCUAAUAAUGCGUGGGGCAUUAUUUCUUAUCAGCUGGGUUUCUGGUUGUCUCAGAAUACCUUGCGGUCUAUUAAUCUGUGGCUUAAAUGAGAGAAAAGACGUAAGGUGAGUGUAGCGAUGUUCAGUGGUGUGCGUUUUAAUAGAAUAAAUCUUCUAGGAGACUUAGAGAAAAGGUUUUAUGGCUUCCUAUUAUAGGCGCUUAUUUUGUUCACAAAAGCAAUAUCUCCUUACACUUCUGUGGGUGUCAAUGUCAGCAGAAGUCAACAUAAAAAAAUGGCAUUAAUUUUAAUGAAUUUCGCAUCAGGCUACACUGUAAACAUUAAUAUUAUUUAGGCUAGCAGUCAGCUCAAGUAGCCUAGUAGAUUGCACUGUGGGGAAAGGCAUGAUUUAGGCUAAAUUAAUAUCUUAUUAAGAAACUAUCAAUAUCUUACUAAACAUGAUUUACUGAAAAUGUUUGCAGUUUAGUGUAGACCUAUUUGGCUGCAGCCUUGGCUACAAACCUCAUAGCCUGCGAUAUGAAUUAAUGAUAGUGAUCACAAAGGUACAGUAGUAACAUAAUAAUAUGCUGAAGUAUUGAGCCCUUUUUUAUGCCCUCUGAGCUUUAUUUUGUGAUUUCAAAAGUAAAAUAAGAGAGAGUAAUCCGCACACCAACUCCCUUGGUGUGUAGAUCACUCUCUCUUGUUUUACUUUUGGAGUUAUUUCUCUGAUCCAGCACGGUGAAAAGGGAUGUGCGUGGUCACAUGUCUACUUUCUUUUGUGAUUUCACCAUUAGAUGUUGCUGAUUCACAUGUCUGAUAACCUUUAUGUGUAACAGCCUUUAUAAAGUAGCCCCUAGGAGAGGUCCACAGAGAUGUAGGUGCCAAGAAACUUGAAGGUUUUUACCCUAUCUACACAGACACCAUUAAUGUAGUGGGGUGUGGUCAGCUCUGUUUGUCCUUAAGUCCAGUAUGAUUUCUUUGGUUUUGGUUUAGAAUUAGGUUGUUGGCCGAGCACCACUUUGUCAGCGCAUGGUCCUCGUUCCAGUAAGCUCUGAGUCAUGGCAUUGUAGAACUCAGGAUUCUAGAACGGAUAGUUCCGGUCCUUGAUUAUGAUUGGCUGAAUCGGGUUUGAUGCCGUUUUACACAAAAAACAUACAGUACACCUUGAUGGCAUUUCGUUCUGUAUUACUGUGCUACCACAACUUGAUACAAAAGUUAGAGUUGCUACGUCUCAUUGUUACUUGGCAACCAUUCUGAUAUAUUUUUUGGCGGAAGAAUGAUUAUCUAUUAAUCAAGAAUGUGGA